UCGAUGCGUUGCACAGCUUGGGCCUUGGCUCGCCAACGCACAACACGCAACGACAGUCAGUUUGCAACAGUUCUUGCAUCUCUUCAUCUAGCUCGCCGUGCAAGUGUUUGUUGUUGAGGAUUGUCGACCGCGUGUCUCGAUACUCUGUCCUGGAUCAUUCGUAGAGAGCUCUUGACUAUCUUGUGAGGCGAAUUCUUUCCAUACGUCUUUGUCUAGUUCAAGUGCAGCCAUGUCGGCGGACGACCCUUUUGAUGUGGAGGAACUUUUGGAAGCUCCUUACAAAAAGCAGGACAACGGUGCCAAUCGUUCAGGCUCGGGCACUGAUGAGGAGGAGUAUAGCCGCUCGCGCAGUCACAAAAAGAAACACCGUCAUAGACACAGUGACGAUGAGGGAUCUGACCGAGAGGCAAGCAAGAAGAGAGAUCGAGAGCGACGUCGCAGUCGCAGCCGUGAUCGACAUGAGUCACGCGGAUCUCAUCGAGAUAGCCACCGCGAAAGACAAGAUCGCGACCGAGAUAGCCAUCGAGAUCGUGACGAGGACCGGUACAGAGAGAGAGACUACCGUGAUCGAGGUAGCCGCAGCAGAGGCAAUGACCGUUACAGAGACCGCGGCAGUGGCCGUGACCGCCAUGAUGACAGGCAUCGUGAUCAUGAUGAUGACAAGAAGCGCGAGCGCACGAAACGCCGUGAGUUCCUCAAGGAUGCUGAAAAGCUGACCCCCGAGGAACGUGACAUUCGCACGGUGUUCUGCAUGCAGCUAGCUAAGGGUAUUCGCGAGGAGGACCUAGAGGAUUUCUUUUCCCCAGCUGGUACUGUGGUCGAUGUUCGGCUUAUCUCAGAUAGGAACUCGCGUCGUUCAAAGGGCAUUGCCUACGUAGAGUUCAAGACACCGGACUCUCUUCCAAAGGCUAUUAGCAUGACCGGUCAACGAGUCAAGGCUGUCCCGAUUAUUGUCCAGGCCACCCAAUCGGAAAAGAACAGACUGGCAGCAGCUGCGCAGACACUCCAGAAACCGCCUGGUGUCACUCGUCUCUAUGUCGGCAAUCUGCAUCAAAACAUCAAUGAUGAAAUGCUCUCUGCAGUCUUUCAGCCGUUCGGACAGGUGGAGGGUUGCAAGGUACAGAAUGAUGAUGACGGACAGUCGAGAGGAUAUGCCUUCGUCACGUUCAAGAGUGUCGAAAGUGCGAAACAAGCCAUGGAUCAGCUCAACGGUUUUGAACUGGUUGGUCGUCCUAUCAAAGUCACCUAUGGUGCAGAGGAUCCGACUCAAGUCAGCACUCCUGUUGUAUCAGAGAGCACGUCAUUGGAUGUCUCUCGUGCGGCUCUCAUGGCCAAGUAUGCUGCUAACCCAAGCGCUGCAGCAGCAAUGCUGCCCACCCCAACUCCGUCACCUCUCCUCCCCAAUCCGCUUUCAUCAAUGCCCGGUCUUGGAGCUCCGGCGGCUCUGGGUGCAUCGGCAGGUCUUGGAACGUUCAGUCUGCAAGGCCUGGGUGGUUUGGGAGGUCUGGCUGGUGCUGCUGGAUUGACGUCUGGUCUUCAAGCGACUAUGCCGGCAGUCGCAGCUGCGCCCACAGCGCCAGCACCGUGCUUCAACUUGCAGAAUAUGUUUGAUCCGGCGAAGGAGAUUGAUGAUGGUUGGCAACAAGAGAUCAAGGAUGAUGUCUUGGAGGAAGCAACAAAGUUUGGCGAUGUUAUUCAUAUUCAUGUUGAUGACAAAUCUCCGCAAGGCUUGGUAUAUGUGAAGUGCCGUGACGGACAAGUCUCUGCCAAUGCCAUGAAGAGUCUUCAUGGUCGAUUCUUUGCUGGAAAGCAAAUUAUUGCUACUCCUGUUCCCGAAUUCCAGUAUCACGCCUUGUUCCCUGCCGCCCUUGGUGCGUUCACGCCGAUCAAGUCAAGUCGGUAGCGUCUGCCUCCAGGCUAUACUGUUUCUCUUCAGCUGUGUUAUGCUGUACAUAUGCUCCGCUACCUGCUGGCUGUUUUGUACUUUUUAGCGAUGUGUUCCGUUGACCUGUAUGCUGCAUCGUUUUCGAAUGUCAUCUUUAUGCCAUCAUUCUCAUGAAAUCCACCUUUCUGUACAUCCAAACUCCCCUUUGUUUUAAUCUUAAAUUGUCAUACUUACCGACGCAUGUAGUCGUGUGCCUCAUAUAUCCAAGCCCCUUUUCAUGAAAUUUAGCUUUUGUUGGCUUUCUUUGGGCCUGCUCUCUCCCCCUCUUCUCGUUAAAGCACCUUUGCGUUGAUAAUGUCUCGUCUUCCAGGUAUUUCAAGUAUUCGUAUGAAAUAUUAGUGUUCAGUGAUUAAUAUACAGUUCUAUUCCCAAUUAGGCUUGCAUGUGUACAUGUAUGUCACAUCAGACACUUCUCAGGAUCUGCCUUUGGCUUCUUUUGUACUUUCUGCAUAGAAGCACCAAAUUCUUUCCUUUGGUUUGAUUGGCUUGGCCAUACGUCAUCAUGGCAUUCAGAGUCGUAGAAUAGUUUACAACUCCCUGGUGGCAUUCUGAUGCCCCAGCUCUCAUGCAUGUCUAGCCUAAGUGUUCCUCACGUUUCUUGCGGACACCGGUACAGUCAGUCACGUUGGUUGAUCUGGACUUGGUGAUUGUAGGCCUGAGACAAGCCACACAGUUUCAUGUUUGUUUGUUUACUUCAACUUGGAGUCUUGAAGCUAUAAUAAAUACACUGUAUUUGA